GUUUCUUGUAACUCUUCUUGCCUCUCUGAUCCUGUGGCCAUUUCCAGAGCUCCAUUCUACAAUGCCAGCUCCUCAGCCAGCAGCAUCUUUCACAGAAGCUACCAGCUGCACAGCUUCUAUUCCCCUUCUGGUUCCAGCUCCAUGCAGGGCUCCAGUUUGUAUUUCCAGCUGCCUACUAGACCUCACCACCCAAAUGGCCCAAAGGAAUUUUUCAAAUAGAAACUAAUUGCAAAGUUUCCGGUUGACCAGCAUUCAUAGGAAUGAAGACAAACACAGAGAUGGUGUUUCUAAGAAAUUUUAAAAGGUGUAGGCCUCCUGAUUGAAGCAUUGUCAAAUUAUUGGAAUCAUUUUUUUAUUGUUUAUCUGUACUCCUCCUCCAAGGGAAAGUCAUGAUCACACUAACGGAGCUAAAAUGUUUAGCAGACGCCCAAUCAUCUUAUCACAUCCUAAAACCGUGGUGGGACGUCUUCUGGUAUUACAUCACCCUGGUCAUGCUGCUGGUGGCCGUGCUGGCGGGCGCGCUGCAGCUGACGCAGAGCCGGGUUCUGUGCUGUCUUCCCUGUAAGGUGGAAUUCGACAAUCACUGCUCUGUGCCUUGGCACCUCCUGAGAGCCAGCGUGAAUGCAUCCUCCGACCUGGGGCCGCCACUCCCGCUCCCCCUCCGAAUCCAGAAUGACCUCCACCGCCAGCAGUACUCCUACAUUGACGCCGUCUGCUACGAGAAGCAGCUCCACUGGUUCGCAAAGUUCUUCCCCUACCUGGUGCUCUUGCACACGCUCAUCUUCGCAGCCUGCAGCAACUUUUGGCUUCACUACCCCAGCACGAGUUCCCGGCUCGAGCACUUUGUGGCCAUCCUGCACAAGUGCUUCGAUUCUCCGUGGACCACCCGCGCCCUGUCGGAAACGGUGGCCGAGCAGUCCGUGAGGCCCCUGACACUCUCCAAGUCCAAGGUUCUGCUUUCAUCCUCAGGGUGUUCGGCUGAUGUGGAUGCCAAUAAGCAGUCCCUGCCCUACCCGCAGCCCAGCAUGGAGUCGGCUGGCAUAGAAAGCCCGACUUCCAGUGUCCUGGACAAGAAGGAGGGCGAGCAGGCCAAAGCCAUCUUCGAAAAAGUGAAAAGGUUCCGCAUGCACGUGGAGCAGAAGGAUAUCAUUUACAGAGUGUAUCUGAAGCAGAUAAUAGUCAAAGUCAUUUUGUUUGUCUUCAUCAUUAGUUACGUUCCGUAUUUCUUAACCUACAUCACUCUUGAGAUUGACUGCUCCGUUGACGUGCAGGCUUUCACGGGAUAUAAGCGUUACCAGUGCGUCUACUCCUUGGCAGAAAUAUUUAAGGUCCUGGCUUCAUUCUAUGUCAUCCUGGUUAUACUCUAUGGCUUCACCUCCUCCUACAGCUUGUGGUGGAUGCUGAGGAGCUCCCUCAAGCAAUAUUCCUUUGAGGCGUUGAGAGAAAAAAGCAACUACAGCGACAUCCCGGACGUCAAGAAUGACUUUGCCUUCAUCCUCCAUCUGGCUGACCAGUACGAUCCUCUGUAUUCCAAACGCUUCUCCAUAUUCCUGUCGGAGGUCAGUGAGAACAAACUGAAGCAGAUCAACCUCAAUAACGAAUGGACGGUGGAGAAACUGAAAAGCAAGCUGGUGAAAAAUGCCCAGGACAAGGUGGAACUGCAUCUCUUUAUGCUAAACGGUCUUCCAGACAAUGUUUUUGAGCUGACUGAAAUCGAAGUGCUCAGCCUAGAGCUGAUUCCUGAGGUCAAGCUGCCCUCCGCCGUCUCCCAGCUGGUCAACCUCAAGGAGCUUCAUGUGUACCAUUCGUCUCUGGUGGUAGACCAUCCUGCCCUGGCCUUUCUAGAGGAGAAUUUAAAAGUUCUCCGCCUGAAAUUUACUGAAAUGGGGAAAAUUCCACGCUGGGUAUUUCACCUGAAGAAUCUCAAGGAACUUUAUCUGUCGGGUUGUGUUCUCCCUGAGCAGCUGAGUACCAUGCAGUUGGAGGGCUUUCAGGACUUAAAAAACCUGCGGACCCUCUACCUGAAGAGCAGCCUGCCCCGGAUCCCACAAGUCAUUACAGACCUCCUGCCUUUCCUGCAGAAACUGUCCCUCAAUAAUGAGGGAAGCAAACUGGUUGUGUUGAACAACCUGAAAAAAAUGGUCAAUCUGAAAAGCCUAGAGCUGCUCAGCUGUGACCUUGAACGCAUUCCACACUCCAUCUUCAGCCUGAACAAUCUGCAUGAGUUAGACCUAAAAGAAAACAACCUUAAAACUGUGGAGGAGAUCAUCAGCUUUCAGCAUCUCCAGAAUCUUUCUUGCUUAAAAUUGUGGCACAAUAACAUUGCUUAUAUUCCUGCCCAAAUUGGGGCAUUAUCUAAUCUAGAGCAGCUGUCUUUGGACCAUAAUAAUAUUGAGAAUCUACCCCUGCAGCUUUUUCUAUGCACUAAACUACAUUAUCUGGAUCUAAGCUAUAACCACCUGACCUUCAUUCCAGAAGAAAUCCAAUAUUUGAGUAAUUUGCAGUACUUUGCUGUGACCAACAACAAUAUUGAGAUGCUACCAGAUGGGCUGUUUCAGUGCAAAAAGCUGCAGUGUUUACUUUUGGGGAAAAAUAGCCUGAUGAGUUUGUCCCCUCACGUGGGUGAGCUGUCGAACCUUACUCAUCUGGAGCUCAUUGGUAAUUACCUGGAAACACUUCCUCCUGAACUGGAAGGGUGUCAGUCCCUAAAACGGAGCUGCCUGAUUGUCGAGGAGAACUUGCUCAAUACUCUUCCUCCCCCUGUCACAGAACGCUUGCAGACGGGCUUAGAUAAAUGUUGACCUACAGAGAAAACUCCUAAAAGUGUGCCCCAGGGCUUUAAAUGAGAAAAUUUCCUAACUUAUAAAGAUUUUUAAAAUGGGUAAUAAUUAUGACUAACUAUAAUCAAAUGUUUUAUUAAAAAGCGUCUCAGUGUCUAAGUAAACAGGUAAAAAGUGUUAACACUGAAAUGAGUUUUGUGAAUAAUUGAUCUUUUACUUAUUGACUUGUAAGAAGUACGCUUUGAGCGUGGAAUGGAGGACAUGAAAUUAUUGAAUGUCCACCUUGCAGUUAUUACCUUGAAGAUUAGAUAUUCUUUCCUCUCCAUCCCCAGCCCCAUGACUUAUUUGCACACUUGUUUUAACUGACGUCCUGUUUGGAUAUUUAUCAGCUAGACCAUAAACUCAUCAAUAUAAAUGCCCUUGAUGUACACUCAA